AUCAUAUUUUAUUAAUACAAUAACAAUACUAAAAUUGAAUUUAAAUUAACAACGUGAAUAAGUAUGUAUUGUUGUUUAUAUUUUUGAAAUAUAAACAGUGCUAAAAUACAAAAAAAAAGUUGAAUUUUUAUGUUGUUUAUUGUUGAUAAAAUAAUAAAUAAAUAAUAUGGCUGAUGUACGUGAUAUAUUGGACAUUGAGGGUCCAGCAGCAAGUGAAUUAACACGAGAAUCAAUAUUUGGUGAUAAAAAAGUAAAACGUAAAUAUGAUAAUAAUAGAAUGCCAAAACGUCCAGAGGGUAUGCAUCGUGAAGUAUUUGCAUUAUUAUGUAAAGACAAUAAUGAUGUACCACCAAUGUUUCCAACUGAUACUGGAAAAGGUUAUAAACAAACAAAAGCUAAAUUAGGAAUGAGAAAAGUUAGAUCAUGGAAAUGGACACCAUUUACUAAUCCAGCACGUAGUGAUGGUGCUGUAUUUCAUCAUUGGAGACGUCCAACUGAUGAUGGAAAUGAAUAUCCAUUUGCUAAAUUUAAUAAAUCAGUACCAGUACCUGUUUAUACAAAUGCUGAAUAUAAUGAAAAUUUAGUUAAUAAUUCAUGGACACAAGCUGAAACUGAUCAUCUAUUUGAUCUUUGUAGAAGAUUUGAUUUAAGAUUUAUUGUCAUUCAGGAUAGAUGGGAUUCAACUAAAUUUCAAUCAAGAACUGUUGAAGAUUUAAAAGAAAGAUAUUAUCAAGUUUGUGCAGCAUUAACAAAAGCAAAAUCUCACAAUGAAAAAGUAUAUUUAUUUGAUGCUGAACAUGAAAAACGUAGAAAAGAACAAUUAAAAAAGUUAUUUGAAAGAACACCAGAACUUGUUGAAGAAGAACAAACAUUACUUACUGAAUUACGUAAAAUUGAACAAAGAAAAAAAGAACGUGAUCGUAAAACACAAGAUUUACAAAAAUUAAUAACUGCUGCUGAUAAUCAAGCUGAUUUAAGAAAAAAUGAAAAAAGACCAACAAAUAAAAAAAGUAAUACAACAUCAAGAAGUAGACCAAGUAAAGCUGAUACAUCACAUACACAAAAAUUACAAGUUGUUGAAUCAGCUGGUAUUAAAUUUCCAGAUUUUAAAAAUAGUGGUGUUAGUCUUAGAUCACAAAGAAUAAAAUUACCAAGUAGUCUUGGACAAAAAAAAAUGAAGGGUAUCGAACAAAUGUUGACUGAGCUACAAAUUGAUUUAUCACCACCACCAACUGAAAAAAUUUGUCAACAAUUUAAUGAUUUACGAAGUGAUAUUGUGCUGCAUUAUGAACUCAAAGGAGCACUUGCAAAUUGUGACUAUGAAUUACAAUCACUGCGUCAUCAAUACGAGGCACUGGCUCCUGGCAAGACACUGACAAUACCAUCAGCAUUACUUGCUAAUAAAGAAGAAACAAGAGGCGAUAUUAUUGAUGUUGUUGGAUCACCAAUGACUGCCAAUUCAUCUCAAUAAAUAAAAUAAAAAUAUAAUAAUUAUUACAGAUUAAAAGAAUAUUUGAAUUAUUUUUUUUUUCUUUUAAUUAAUACUUGUACUAAUAAUUAAAAUUUAGUGUUCAGGUAUCAAAUGUAAAUAUCAAUAAAUA